CAGAAAGGCCAGUUGCCUCUUGAAAAAAAGCACCUUUGGAUCGUCAUAGGAAUGGCAAGUUUUUUUUUACUUGCUGUUUUGAUCGUGCUUACUUAUUGCUUGCCCCUCGAAGCUACUUAACGAUUGGAACGGCAUUUCGUAGACUUCACAAAAUAAUUACCCCAAUUACCUCCCAAUUGCUCCCUCAAAACAGAUUCUAAUAAUGAUUUUAAUAGACUGCAGUAAAAGUUCGUUAAGCCUUUCUUGCCCCGCCUUCUCUUCCACUUGGCUGCUGUUGCGUGCUAAGGAAAUCGCAAGGCAACCCGGAAGUGACCAGUGUGAAUCCCAUCUUCUUGUUUCGUAAAUCUAUGCUCAGAAAAACCGGGGCUUGACUGGCGUGCCGGGACCGGAACAGGAAGCCGUUGCGGCUUCCUUCUCCCGCGUGGGAAACUCGUGUUACGUUCCGGCUCCCCGCUGUACUGCGAGUUCGGGAUUUUUACGUGUCGGGUUUUUUUAUUUUAUUUUGUUUUUUCUUAUUGACGGCGUAACGAGUGGGCAAUCGAAGAGACGAACAUGGUGCGUAAACUGAAAUUUCAUGAGGAGAAGCUUCUCAAGAAGCUAGAUUUGGUGAACUGGGAAGCUGCAUCAGGCAAUCUAGCUGAGCUGCGUGUGCUUCGUCGUUUCCGUAUACAGCGGAGGGAAGAUUACACUCGCUACAAUCAGCUUAGUCGGGCUGUUCGGGAACUAGCACGCCGGAUCAGAGACCUGGGUGAUGUACCAGAAUCAGCAGGUUUCCGCGCUAGAAGCACUGCUGCUCUUCUGGACAAACUUUAUGCCAUGGGUGUGGUACCCACUAAGAGCUCUCUUGAGCAGUGUGAUCGAGUCUCAGCCUCUUCCUUCUGCCGUCGCCGUUUGCCUUGUCUGCUCAUAAAGCUCCGUAUGGCACAAAACUUGAAAUCUGCUGUGACCUUUGUGGAGCAGGGGCAUAUCCGGGUAGGACCAGAAGUUGUAACAGACCCUGCAUUCCUGGUGACCAGGGCCAUGGAGGACUUUAUUACCUGGACUGAUUCCUCUCGCAUCCGACAACAUGUACUCAACUACAAUCAGGAACGGGAUGAUUUUGACUUCAUUUCUUAAGAACAACUUUUCUUUGAUUAACCAUUUGCGUGAUUACACCUUAAAUAUUUAAUUCAGUUGGCUUCAGGAGGUGUCCUACUAGUACAUUUCUGUCUUAUUUGUUUUGCUUGUUUAGUUGUGCAAACGGUAUAUAGUUGUAUACAGACUAUAAACCAAGCCACACUCUUUUGCGAUCAGGUGCAAUUUUUAUAACUGCAUGAUUAGGGUUUCUAUCAGAAGUGAGGACAACAAUCUCAUAUGGGCAUCUUGCAAAACAUCCUGUGUGUUCCUUUUUAUUGAUUUCAUUUUGGAUCACAGUGAAGAUUAAUACCAUAAUUGGAUUGCAUCUGACCUCUUCCCAAAAGAUGGUAUCAAAACUUGUUCCAUCUAGAAUGCUUUAAUUAAAACAGACUUUAUUAUUCCCUUUUGAUCAAGAUUUGGAUGGCUGCCUACAGCAAAUCUAUGCAGUCAUUAUUUUAAGAUUUAUUUUUUUCUUGGCAUCUCAACAACUUUAUAUUCUGUUUGUUUCUAUAGUAACAUGUUCUCUAUUAGUGUACAAGCUGUUAUGCCAAUGUUAAAUUGUUGGCUAGAACUUAAGGUUUUGAACUGGAUAUUGACUGUACAUCUUUAUCUUAUCCAUAGCAUCUACAAUAAUGGAAAGAAAUUUACUCUGAUCAUGAUUAUAAUAUUGUGUAAUACCUCAAAACAUUAAUUUUGAGUUCAGUUUUGGAGCAUAAAGCUAUUUAAAAUCUUUGUGUUCUCUGUAAAGAUUUUUUGCUUAUAGAUGGCCUUGCUGCUGUUUGUUCAUAUAUAUAUUAAAAUCCUGUUUCUUUUCAUUGUUA